UGAAAGGUUGAAUAUAACAUAAUUGAUACAUAUUAGAGCAUGUGUAUGGCUAGUUUUGCUUUACUUUAUCAUAAUAAUUAUUAUUAUAAUAUGCAAGACUAAUUCGCAUUAGUGGAUUCUGGAAAGGGAAGAUGAGUACGCAAAUUUAAUAUAUACUGGACUGCGAGUAUGCUUGAUCCCUUUACUCCUUGUCUUUCUAAUCCCCAGUUGUCAUCUUCAUUCAUCACACUAUUCCACCACAGGCACUUACAAAACUAAAGUAUCAUUAUGUCAAGUGAUCAGAUAGUUACAACUAGUACUAGCACUACUGCUCAGCCAGACCAGGAGCAUGAAGAUGAUGAGCAAAUCAUGAGUAUCAGAGACAUCCAUGCUCUGAACCCGCCGCGUCCUCCUCCUCCUCUGCCUCGACGUAGGGAAGCUUGGGAAACAAGUAGCCACCAGUCGUCGAUGUCCAUGGCUAGCAAUGAAGGGAGUGAGAAUUUUACUACUAUCAGUAGGGAGUUUAAUGCACUGGUUCUUGCAGGGUCUGCUGUGGAGAAUAACCGGAGUGAGAGUGAUCAUGGUGGUGGGAAUAAUGGAAAUUAUAACUUGGGGAUGAUCGGGGAGGAGGAUGAGACGAACCCUUUGGCUAUUGUGCCAGAUACUAAUCCUAUGGCGUCUCCUAGGCGGCAGAGUGGGAGUGGUAGUGCUAUUGCUGGUGCUUCUUCUUCCAUGAGUAAUAGUCAUAGUGAAGUGUCGGUACAGAGGGUGAAGAAAGAGGAGGUGGAGACCAAGAUAAGUGCAUGGCAAAAUGCUAAGAUUGCCAAGAUUAAUAAUAGGUUUAAGCGCGAAGAUGCGAUUAUUAAUGGAUGGGAGAAUGAGCAGAUUCAGAAAUCCACUUCUUGGAUGAAGAAAAUUGAGAGAAAGCUAGAGGAGAAAAGAGCAAGAGCCCUGGAAAAGAUGCAGAAUGAUACAGCAAAAGCACAUAGAAAAGCAGAGGAAAGGAGAGCAUCCGCAGAGGCGAGAAGAGGAACAAAAGUGGCCAAGGUUUACGAAAUAGCAAACCUGAUGAAAGCUGUGGGACGAGCACCAUCCAAACGAUCUUUUUUCUAGUUAAGAAGAUUACCAGAGAGUUAUUAAGAAGAAUUUGUAAUGGAUAAUAUAAAAGCAUAAUACAUAUGUAAUGUUAGACUUCUGUACUUUCAGUUCAUAGAGGUGAUGUAGAUGCUAAAAAAUGGGUGAUGCAUCUAUUUGUUUGAGGUGUGUUCAGAAUUUUAAGAUAUCCUAUCUGAGUGAUGAUUUCUUAAA